AUUUAAAAAAACACACGCAAGAAGUAAAGUGGAACUGCGAACGAUAUACGACAAUACUGUGAUAGCCGGUCGAGGAUUGAAGCCUUGCGUAAAUAUUUAAACGGCGACCGACCAGUGUGACAUUCGCCUAUCGAUCUCUCGAGUGCAAUUAUAAUUACAAUCUAAUUUCAAUUAAAUUCUAAUUAUAAUUCCUGCACGGAACUCUCUAAUUGGCAGCGAAAAUUCGAGUGAAAAUCGAGCGCGAAAUGAUUAAUCGCAAAAUGCGAACGGGAACAGGGAACGUUUAUUUCGUCAAACAGCAAUAAACGAGUGUCCACGUUUUUACGUUAGUUUACCAUUUACCAUUCGAUUUGCCAUCUCGCGGGAUUGUCCUCGAAGGGCUAACUACGAAUAUUGCGCUCAAAGUGCAAUCCAAUUUCGACGUAUGCGAAAUCCGAUAACGAAAUCCGAUUGAGAAGGCAUAAUGACAUAUGAGUGAUUGUUAUCCUAUUCGUUUUUCGCAAUCUCCUUCCCUCAUUGUCUCGGGGGAGAAUUCUGCAUGAGCAGAAAGCCGUAUCGUUGUAAGUGGGUGACCCAUUAACGGAUCCAUCGAUAGAGGAGGAGAGACUCGACUCUCGGGUUAUCGGAGAUUCGGGAUGACGUUUCUCCGUUUUUUGCGCGCACGAUACGGAAACGUGAUAUCGAAAUGUGCAUACACGAAGAUAUCGUCGCGAUGAGUCGAAUCAGCGGGUGAUAUCCUCCGCGAGGACGUCGACGAGCAUGGAGUCGAGCGAGGACGAAAAUGGUACGCUCGAUUUCUGGCGGGACUGGGAUCUGAGCAACCUAACCGAGGCCGAAUACCUGAGCAGGGUGCUGGGACCGAAAUAUCUACCCCUGAGACUGGUGAUACCCCUCACGAUCGCCUACGUGGUGAUCUUCAUCACUGGCGUCUUCGGCAACGUGGCCACGUGCACGGUUAUCAUACGGAACGCAUCCAUGCAGACCGCCACCAACUACUACCUCUUCAGUCUGGCCGUAUCCGACCUCACUCUACUUAUGCUGGGUCUCCCCAAUGAGCUAAGUGUAUUCUGGCAGCAGUAUCCCUGGGCUCUGGGCACGGGGCUUUGUAAGAUCCGGGCAUAUGUGUCAGAAAUGUCAUCCUACGUGUCGGUUCUCACGAUCGUGGCUUUCUCUAUGGAGAGGUAUUUGGCCAUCUGUCAUCCCUUGCGCGUCUAUUCGAUGAGCGGUCUCAAAAGACCGACACGCUUUAUCCUCGCGGCCUGGUCGAUCGCAAUCGUCUCGGCCGUACCGUUCGCAAUUUACGCCAAAGUCAAUUUCGUCGAAUACCCGCCAGGAUCGGGAAAUUAUUCGGCUGACUCGGCGAUUUGCGCGAUGCUUCUGCCGGACAUGCCAAAGUUUCCCCUUUACGAACUCAGCUGCAUCGUAUUCUUUCUGAUCCCGAUGCUUGUAAUCCUCGUGAUGUACACGAGGAUGGGAUUAAAGAUCAAGAGCAGUACCAAGGAAACACUUGGUCCGAUACAGGGCUCUUGCGUUCACGGCGAUCAUCGACAGAUUCAAUCCAGAAAGUCUGUCAUCAGAAUGUUAAGUGCGGUUGUUAUCAUGUUUUUCCUUUGCUGGGCCCCGUUCUACGCCCAGCGUCUGCUUUACAUCUACGCUCAGGAAUCCGAUUAUUACCCAGAUUUAAACGAAUGGCUCUAUAUUCUAAGUGGCUGUUUGUAUUACUUCAGUACAACCGUCAAUCCGAUUCUCUACAAUUUGAUGAGCCUCAAAUUCCGCAAGGCAUUCAAGCAAACAAUAUGCUGUAAAACAGGAAGACCGUCGAGCAAAAUCUUAAUGGAUAAGAAAUCUCAUCUGCGUAGAUGUGAUUCCACGAAUGAUCGAAUUAUUAAGUGUUCUGUUAGACAUACUAUUGCUCAAGCCAAAGAGAUAUUUUGUUUUACAUCGAGCCGACAGGAAAACAUCAAGGAUAACAACAGAAAUAAUGGAAAUGCAAGCAAUUUUCCUCAAAAUACUUACUUGUUACAAAAGGAAGAUUCAUCCUCGAUAUUUCUCUUUGAUCAAGGACAUCUUCUCGCUCACCAGCAGCCCAGCAUCGAAAGCACAACGUCUACGAAAAGAUCGGAGGAUACUAUUUCCGCAGUUAAAAACAGUCUGUGAUCUAUUUCCAUUUGUUUUUAUUUAGAUACAAAUAUAAUGUGUAAUGUUGAAAAUAAAACUAGACGAUGUGAGUUAUCGAGUUA